AUGGUGGAGCUUGCUUGGAAGCAAUGUGAUUGUAGCAAAUGUUACUUUGAGCCAAACCAAGAAGCAAGCUGCGCAAUUGAGAGAGAGAGGACGUCGUCGAAAAAGGAAUACGUUGGAAGCUGCAGACGAGAUGAAGCGCAGUGGGUCUGGUGUAGCGUGAUUCCGCCGAGAUACCCAGCAGGCUGCGAGAGAAGGCUCUGCGAUGGAUCCGGAAGUGUCCGUGAGAGCAGCGAGGGAAUUGAAUGCGCACAGCCGAAGCCUAUCUGUCGAGAGGUGGGCGCUGAGCUUGCUUUGCUGUGCCGAAAGCUGCGCAGCGAUGGAGAAAGAGAUGAAGGUGUGACGGGCGAAGGGUGGCGAACGAAAGCAGCAGAAGGUGUUCGAGCAGAAUAUGGUGUUGAAGUCCCCGGGAGAGGCGAGCUGUCCGACGUGUUGCUUCGGUACGUGCGGAUGAGGACAGGCUAG